CGGGGCCCAGGGGUAGCGAGGCCCAGGGCGCAGCCUGGGGAGUGAAACGUCCCAGGCACUCUGGGGUGCACAAAGCGCAGGCGCAGUGGGUUGGGUGGCAGCAGCAUCAAGUAGCGGCCGUUUUGCCAGCAGCAUCCGCAACAGGUGUAGACAGGUGCCGCCUGAUUCCAUCCUGGAAAGUCCUUUUGAAGAAAUGGCCCUGGUGAGGGGCGGCUGGCUGUGGAGACAGAGCUCCAUCCUCCGCCGCUGGAAGCGGAACUGGUUCGCCCUGUGGCUGGAUGGGACCCUGGGCUACUACCAAGACGAGACUGCGCAGGAUGAGGAGGACCGCGUGCUCAUCCACUUCAAUGUCCGAGACAUAAAGAUCGGCCAAGAGUGCCAUGAUGUGCAGCCCCCAGAGGGCCGGAGCCGAGACGGCCUGCUGACGGUGAACCUACGGGAGGGUGGCCGCCUGCACCUCUGCGCAGAGACGCGGGAUGACGCCAUAGCAUGGAAGACAGCGCUGAUGGAGGCGAACUCCACCCCGGCCCCAGCUGGAGCCACCGUCCCUCCCAGGAGCCGCCGGGUUUGCCCCACGGUCAGGUGUGUGACCCGCUCAUGGAGCCCCUGUAAGGUUGAGAGGCGGAUCUGGGUGCGUGUCUACAGCCCGUACCAGGACUACUAUGAGGUGGUGCCCCCCAACGCGCACGAGGCCACAUAUGUCCGCAGCUACUACGGACCGCCCUACGCAGGCCCUGGCGUGACGCACGUGGUAGUGCGGGAGGAUCCCUGCUACAGCGCGGGCGCCCCGCUGGCCAUGGGCAUGCUCGCCGGGGCCGCCACGGGCGCCGCGCUCGGUUCGCUUAUGUGGUCGCCCUGCUGGUUCUGAGCCCUGGAACUCGGAGCGUGGACCCUGUGCAUAGACCAACAGUCCCCUUUUCCUCCUUGACCUCAUCCUCUGCCAUCUAAGCCCUGACCCACUUUGGCCCCUCCUUUCCAUUAGCCCCUUCUAGGCUUGGAUCGUCCCUCUACUCCGCCCCCCUCAACCCCCAUCGGAAGAAGCUAUCACCCCAGGCACAAACACAGCUCAAAGUCCUUUAUCUACCGCUAGACACCCCAGAAAUCCGUUAUAGACACAUGGAUAUGCUUCCUCCAAACACAUCAAGACACAGAAAACACAACUCACAUGGCUUCAAGUUCCCCAGGCGCUGGAGACACAGGAGUCAGGUUCUUUCCUCUGGCAGCUCCAGGCUUGGUGGGGAAAACACGAGUAAGCAAACACUUGACAACGCAGAGCAAUCAGUCCUUUGACACAUGAGAGCAGAGAGGGAGGAAAGUAGGCUAGGAGUAAGGUUGUUGGCAAGAGUGCAGAACCAUGAACAUCAUGGCAUGUCCAAGGAAUGGAAGGGGAGUUCAGUUGGGCUGGGGUUGGGGCAGGGGUCAGAUCACAGUGGCCUUCCAGGCUAAGGAGCUUGCUGGGUAAAGGGGAGAUGUGAACUUUUUGGAGGGAAGUUUCAUGAUUGCAUUUUUUGUUUUGUUACUAAUGACAUACCCAAAUCUAAACACUUCCUGGUUUUAGUCCCACCCUUCCCACUACCAGCUUCCUGGGUCUCCUGUUCCAUCAGUACUCAGAAAGCACCUGUUUCCCAUGUCAGGGUGCCUGGGGCGGCAACUGAGCUGAACCUGGGGUCCCCUUGCUGGGGGGAGGGGAGUUUUGUUUGGGACCUCCAGCCCUAGGAUGGUGCCUCCAUCAGAAAAUGCAUUUCUGGUCCCCAGGAGCUUGACCCUCUGUUCAUAGCUGUCGCUGUCACCAUCUCAGGCUUUGUCUCUUCCUUCACUUUGGGGAAGAUGGCAGUGUUCACCUCUGGGGCCUGAUCUACCUUUGUCUCAA